CGCGCAUCCACACUCCUUAGCUUCAUCCGCGAUCCACGUCGCCCGCCAUGUUCUCUGGGUCCAACUCCUACUUAGGGGGCGGCAACAGCGCCCGACCUGGGCAGCCGCAGUAUGGCCAGCAACAGCAGCAGCAGCAGCAAUUCCAACAGCAACCUGGAGGCUUCCAGGGCGGAUUGAUGCCUCAGCCCACUGGCUUCGGCGGCGGCCCACUCCAACCGCAGUAUACUGGCUUCCCGGGCCAGCCGCAGGGCUUCGGACAGCAACAGCAACUCCAGCCACAGUAUACCGGUUUUCCAGGCCAACAGAGCCAGUUUCAGCAGCAACAGGCUCCCCAACAAAUGCCCUUUCAAACUGGCGCACCGCCUCAGCAACAGCAGCAGCAGGCUCCUGCUCAACCGCAAAUGCCCCAGCCUACGGGUAUGACCUCGUCGCAGAUGGCUGACUCGUUCCGUGGCAGCUCGUCGUCCUCGGUGCCACCGCCUGUGCCCGCCAAGGGCACCAAGAUUCCAAACAUCCGGCUCUCCUUCAUUACGGCGCAGGACCAGGCCAAGUUUGAACAGCUGUUCAAAUCGGCUGUAGGGAAUGCGCAGGCUUUGUCAGGAGACAAGGCGCGGGACCUCUUGUUGCGGUCCAAGCUGUCAGGGGAUGCUCUGUCACACAUUUGGACCUUGUCGGAUACCACCAAGUCGGGACAGCUUCUCUUCCCCGAAUUCGCCCUCGCCAUGUACCUGUGCAACCUCAAGUUGACCGGCAAAGACCUCCCGAAUGCGUUGCCUGAGCGUGUCAAGAAUGAGGUGUCAAGCAUGGUGGAUAUCAUCUCGUUUGGCAUCGCAGAUGAGCCUUCGAGAGGCUCCACGCCGGCUAAUAAUGCUCCCAAAAUCAACGAGCCUCCUGCGAUCCAGCAACCGCAACCGCAGACUUCGAACAGCCAAUUGCUCUCUACGUUGGUAUCGCAGCCGACCGGAUUCGGACAACAGCCAAGGGGUAUGCAGCCACAACCUACUGGAUUUGGCCCACAGCCGACUGGUAUGCAACCGCAGCCUACUGGCUUUGGACAAUCUCCAGGUGGUUACACUGGGCCGCGCCCGCCAAUGCCUCCUAUGCCUACGGGCUUCGGCUCAGGCCUGAUGCCCAACCAACCGAGUAUGGCACCUCUCAAUGCGCAGCCUACUGGGAUGCCUGGUCAAUGGGGUCUUGCAAACACGCCCGCUACGGGACUGCCCAACAUUGAAGCUUUGGCGCAAAGAAUGAUGCCCCAGACUGGCCGAGAAGGCGGCACCCACACAACUGCCGGGUUGACGGGCAAUGCGACUAUUCCUUGGGCGAUUACAAAGGGCGAGAAGAAGCUUUAUGAUGAGACGUUCCGUGCCUGGGAUGGUAUGGGCAAGGGGUACAUUAGCGGAUCACAGGCUCUUGAGAUCUUUGGACAAAGUGGGCUGCCCAAGUCCGACUUGGAGCGCAUUUGGACGCUUGCCGACUCUGCUGAUCGCGGUCGUCUUGAUCUCGAUCAAUUUGCUGUUGCUAUGCAUUUGAUCUACCGCAAGCUCAAUGGCUAUCCUAUCCCCGCUCGUCUCCCUCCUGAGCUGGUUCCUCCCUCAACACGCAACAUCAAUGACUCUAUUGGUGCCAUGAAGAAUCUGCUUUCCAAAGAUGCCGAGGACAGAAAGAACUCCGGCGCGUUCCUUCAGCCCCAACGCACUGGUGUUAGCUAUCUGAAAUCUCAUUCCUUCCGUUCCGCAAGCCCACAGGCUGGUGGCCGUAAGGAUGCCACUGUCUUCCGUAACAAUGAUGACAACGUAGGUUACAAGUCGAGUGCCAGACAUCGCAUUGGUGGCGGUGGUCGGUCGCCUUCCCCCGCGCAGCCUGGCUCUCCUGCUUCGGAGCGGUCGGAUGACAUGUCUCUUGAUCAGCUUAAAAAAGCAGUCAAGGAAAAGCAGAUUCUCUUGGAUGCUAUGGACACCCAAGACGAGAACGCAGCAGACGAGGACGAUGUGCUCGACCGCCGUGAUCGACGAGAAGCCGACGACCUUUACCGCCGUAUCCGUAGAGUACAGGAGGACAUUGAUGCUCAUCCUAAGGCAUCGUUGAGAUCUGCCGACUCGGAUGCUGAGCGCCGUGCCCUCAAGCGCCAGCUUCAGAAUUUGACUGACCGCCUGCCUGAACUCGCGUCCAAUGUACGCAGGACUGAGCGUGAGAUUGCGGAUGCCCAACUCGAGCUCUUCAGACUCAGGGAUGCCAAAGCACACCCUGGCUCUGCAUCCACAAUCGUAGGCACUGGUCCAGGUGGUGCAGUGACAGAGUCCGACCGAUUGAAAGCUCGUGCCAAGGCUAUGAUGCAGGCUCGUUCUGCUGCGUUGACCGGAAGGCCUGCACCGGCUAGCGACGACACUGGUGCAGCAACAGAGCGCCUGGAGAAAGAAACAUCACGCAUUCGAGCUGAAAGGGAGAACAAUGAGCGCAUGAUUCGCGAUGUCGAAGACAGCGUCCGAGAGUACACCAAGGGACUUGAGGCAAGUCUCAAGGAAGGUGGACAUGACAAUACCAGUGAGCACGAGCGUCGUCGGUGGGAGGAAGCUCUGGGUGUUGAGGACGAUGUCAAAGACUUCAUCUUUGACCUUCAGCGAAGCAGUCGGGCAGCACGCGUCCGCAAAGAAGACUCUUCCCGGGACAACUACAGGUCUCGUUCGGCUGAUAAUCGCCCUUCAUCAUCAUCUCGUUACGAGAGCCCUGCCACUCGUGCUGACCCUAUUGCUCGUCCUGCAACGUCCGUUCCUAGUGGCAGUUCUUCAUACAAGACUCCAGAGGAACGGGCUGCAUUUAUCAAGCAGCAGGCUGAGCAGAAAAUGGCUGAGCGUCUAGCUGCCCUGGGCAUCAAAGCCCCAGUCAAGGCUGGCGAAACCCCUCAGCAGCGUGCAGAGCGCGAGAAGAGGGAGCGAGAGGAGAAGCUUCGUCAAGCUGAGGAGGAGGACGCGCGUCGCGAAGAAGAGCGCCAAAGACGUCUCAACGAUGACUCGGCAGCGCCACCAGUUCCAAUCAAGAGCAGUGGUAAGAAGCCAGCGCCGCCACCACCCGUCUCGCGUAAGAACAAGAACGAUAUUGGCCACCAUGAUGCACACCAAGCGGAAGCCGAAUCCAGAAAGGCAGAAAACGACAUGGCUGAGAAGGCCCUUCGUGAGCAACAAGAAGCCCAGGAAGCCGAGACCAGACGCAUGGAGCAAGAGGAACGCAGGCAAGAGAGCGAGUUGGCUAGCGAACGUGAAGCUGCUCAGGCUAGACUCCGUGCUCUAGAAGAGCAGGUUGCACAAGGUAAAUUGAAGAAGGCUGAAGAGAAGAAACGGAGAGAGGCUGCUUCAAAGGAUGCCAAGGAAAAGGAGGCGCGGUUGGCUGCACAGCGUGCCGAGAUUGAGGCUGCUCGUGAGCGUGAACGCCAGCUUCAGAUGCAACUGGAGGCGCUCGACGAUGACGAGUCGUCAGAUGACGAUGGCCCACAAAACAUCACUCCUCAGGAUACUACACCUACCGCUAGCCAGGAAUUGCCACGCGACUCGGCACCUCCACAGCCACCGCCAAUGCCGCAGGUUUCGCACAACACACCGCCAUCAUCUAUUGCCAGCCCACCCGCUUCGUCCGUGACGAGUCCUCAUCCUGGCAUGGGUGACACCGAGACCAAGAACCCGUUCUUGAAGAAGAUGGCCAUGUCCAACCAGGAGAACAACAACGCUUCCACUCCACCUGGCCCGACAAGCACCACGAGCGAAGUUUCUACAAACCCUUUCCAUCGCCUGACUCAAGAAAAUGCCAACAAGGCUGCCAUGCCCACCUUUAACGAACCGAGUGCGCCGUCAGCUCGCAGGCUAGGACGACAAGACGACGAUGACUGGUCUGUCGUCGACUCGGAUGAUUCCUCGUCCGACGACGACGAGGGGCCUUCACAAGGUGGAGCCAAACAGCUAGCUUCUAUGCUUUUCGGUACCAUGGCGCCCCCGCGUCCUCUGUCUUCGAUGGACAAUAAGAGCCCUCGCGCUGAGAGCCCGGCUGUGACAUCUCCUGCAGGUAUUCCCCCUCCACCACCUUUGCCUUCGAGUGGUGCUCCGCCACCACCUCCAGGCCCACCGCCGCCUCCAAGUGGCGGUGCACCCCCACCACCACCUAUGCCUGCCAUGAAGGCUCCAGCUGGAGCACCAGACCGUGGUGCGCUGCUCGGUGAGAUUGCCGCUGGAAGGGGAUUGAGGAAAGUAGAGACCAGGGAUAGAAGUACGGCUUCGACUGCUGGAAGGGUUUUGAAUUAAGGUAAUUGCAUGGAAUUAGUCAAGCGCGGACUGGUUGGGCUAUUGGCUUGUAGUAUAAUUUGGUGUAGUGCAUAGAUUGCUUCAGAUGCUUCAGAUGCU